AUGUUCCAAAAGCUGCUGAUUUGCUGGUUAUUAUGGGGAAACGUGGUAUGGGCCUCGUCCGCCAGUUCCCCGGUGACACUGCACAUCGGUGGAACAUUUCCGAUGGAAUCUGGCUCUGGUGGAUGGGCCGGUGGAGAAGCUUGUCUUCCCGCCGUCGAGAUGGCAUUAGAAGAUGUAAACAGUAGACACGAUAUACUUCCCGGUUAUGUAUUAAAUAUGACAAAUCAUAACUCAAAAUGUCAACCGGGUUUAGCAAUGCAACAACUUUAUGACUUCCUUUAUCAGCCUCCAACCAAACUCAUGCUUCUCACCGGUUGCAGCCCAGUUACAACCGUGAUAGCUGAAGCUGCACCAGUUUGGCAGCUUGUUGUGCUUUCCUAUGGUGGCAGCUCGCCGGCGUUGUCAAACCGUGAGCGGUUUCCCACACUAUUUCGAACGCAUCCAUCGGCGAACAUGCAAAAUCCAACAAGAAUUCGUUUAAUGGAUAAAUUCAAAUGGAAAAAGUUUACAAUAUUGAUGUCGGUUGAAGAAGUUUUUGUGUCAACUGCCAAGGAUUUAGAAAAACAUGCAAGACGCAACGGUAUUAGAGUUGAUCGACAAAGCUUCUAUGGUGAUCCAACCGACUCAAUGAAGACUUUGUUGCGUCAAGACGCUAGGAUUAUAGUGGGCUUGUUUUAUGUGACGGAAGCAAGAAAAGUGCUAUGUCAGGCAUAUCAUAAUGGACUCUAUGGUCGAAGAUACGUAUGGUUUUUCAUUGGCUGGUAUGCUGAUACAUGGUAUAUCCCGCCACCAGAAGAACACUUAAAUUGCACCGCAGAACAAAUGGCCAAGGCUGCAGAAUUUCACUUCACAACUGAAAGUGUAAUGUUAUCGCGAGACGAAACUCCAGCGAUUUCGAAAAUGACUGGACCACAAUUUCAAAAAAGACUUACAAAAUACUUCAACAAGGAUACAGCAAACGUUGGAGGAUUUCCGGAAGCUCCCUUGGCGUAUGACGCCGUUUGGGCCUUGGCGUUGGCAUUCAAUUGCACUCGGCAUAAUUUGCCGAAAGGGGUGAAAUUGGAAAAUUUCACGUAUGAGAAUAAAGCGAUUGCUGAUGCUCUAUUCCAAUGCGUUAAAAAUACAUCAUUUCGUGGAGUAUCGGGAAGGGUGAUGUUCUCAGAUUCGGGAGAUCGUAUUGCUCGUACUCAAAUUGAGCAAAUGCAAGAUGGAAAAUACAAAGUAAUGGGUUUUUAUGACAAUACAAGCGGUGAACUUGAGUGGUACAAUAGAGAAAAAUGGUUCGGUGGUAGAGGACCACCACCAGAUUCUACUGUUGUUAAGAGACAUGUCAUCACAGUUUCAAACAAGGUUUACUACCCAACUAUAAUAGUAUCUUCCUUAGGAAUUAUUUUAUGUUUAUUUAUUUAUUUAUUCACAAAGAAACAUAGGACACGAUUAAUAAUAUCACAAUCUCAAUCGGAAUGCAAUAACAUUUUAAUAUUUGGAUGUUCACUUUGCCUUUUUUCUUUGUAUCUUCUUGGAUUACCGUCUGAUGACAUAGCGAUUCCUGAAGAAGCCUUUACAUUACUGUGCCACGCUAGAGUAUCAAUUUUACUAUUUGGGUUCACAUUUGCAUACGGGUCGAUGUUCGCAAAAGUAUGGAUUGUUCAUCGAAUGGGCGCUUCCGAGAAUCAGCAGCUUGCGAGUCGUCAAAAAGAUGAGGAAGAAAAUACUCCUUGGGAGGGUAUUCGUGCACUAAUUUCAACUAUGGUCGGCCGCCAAACACUUGUUCGUAAAUCAUCCGGACAAACCUACGGGGCUCUGCUCGAAAAAAGGAACGCAGUACUCAAUCAGCCAAUCGCUCCCGCAAAGUUCUACAUCAUAGUUUUGGCAUUAAUCGGAGUUGAUUUAUUCAUCGUAUCUGUUUGGAUAAUUUUUGAUCCAUUACAGUUAAAAGAGCAAAAGUUCCCAUUGCAUGCGCCUUCAAAAGGAGACGAAGAUGAAAUGAUACUCCCUGUUUUACAACAAUGCCAAAGCAGUCAACAGGAAGUUUGGAUUGCGAUCAUCCUUGGCUACAAAUGUUUGCUUUUGGUAUUUGGCAUUUUUUUGUCGUAUGAGACCCGCAAUCUGAAAUUACGUUUUGUGAACGAUUCGCGAUUAAUCGGCUUGGCAAUAUACAAUGUUGCUGUGGUGUCGCUAGUCACGGCGCCCGUAGUAACGUUGUUCAUCCAUGGCCAAGCGAAUGCACAUUUUGCAUUCAUAGCACUAACAGUUUUGAUUUGCACGUAUAUCUCAAUUUGCUUAAUAUUUGGGCCUAAAAUACACAAUAUUGUGAAAGUGCCGCCGGGAAAUGAGGAAAUUCAACAGAACGGGGCUGCCCAGAGCAGGCUGUCAAGCGCGGAUCAAAAACGAUUUGAUCUUUUAAAGGCGGAGAAUGAAGCAUUACAAAAACAAAUCGAAGAGAAGGAGAAACGAAUCCAUCAAUGUCGGGAGCGUCUAGACUUCCUUUCAAGUCAAGAAGAGACUGAAAAUUUGAAUGUUCCGUUAUUAGGAAGGAAGUUAUCCGGAAAAUCGCUAGCAGAAGGCAAGGCAGCUUAUUCGAAUCCUUCUACUGCAACAACCACAAUUCCUUUAAUAGACUUACAAGGGCAUGGUGCCAACCCGGGUCUUAUUUCCGAAGAAGAUGACCGAUGCUCUACAUCAUCGGACGAAAUUUUACUCUAA